AUGAUUCCAAGAUCCAAAACUCAUAGAAUCUCUGAAAAGCAUAAUCCCGCUCCUCGACAGUAUCGUCCCCCACAUUCUCCUUCGCAUCUUCCCAGUCAAUCAAACACAGCUUCCAACUAUCCAUCUUCUCAACCUCGACAACCACCGCCACCAAGAAAUCAUGGUCCGGUCAAACGUGCAAUUUCUGAUCACCCACCCACACAUAAACCAACACCAACACACAAAACGACUCAACAAGGUGACCCUUCAAUGACCAAGCGCUCAGCAAGGGACCAGCCUAAGAACGACAUUUCUGACAACGAAGUAGCUGAGCUGAUAGCCAAAGCCAAAGCGCGGGCAGCGCAGGAAAAGCUAGCAGAGGAACGUGCGACAAAAAUCAGGGCCAACGUCGAGAAGCAAAGAGUAGCCGAUGUUAUAGCCGAACAGAAGCAAGAGGACUUGGAGAGAAAAGCUCAAGAGGUGAGAGUACCUAAACCCUCAGUCAAACCAUCAAAUCUCGACAAAGAUCCUAAGCAACGAGCAGCGAUUCCUCGACGCCCAGCAGACACCGCUCCUCCCCUGGAUGACGACGAGGUCGACCAAAUGAUAGCCAAAGCCAAAGCUCGCCGACUCGCCGAAGAAUCCUCCUUAGGCGCGACAAACCCGGCUUCACCACCUCCUUCAACACCCAGGUCUUCUCCACCACGCUCUUCCCCGCCAAAGCCAAAGUCAAGGGCACCGUCAAUUGGCCCCUACGAGGAGAAUACAUUCGACCCCGAAGCAGCUCACCAAGCCCGUCUAGCUCGUCUCCGCGCAGCCAAAGAACGCGCAAAUGCAACGCCUAGCCCCGAGCCGCUGAUGGAGAAGGAGCCGGAGAAGAAACGACAUCCACUCAGAUACAAAUCUCCUCCCCCGGAUAACGGACAGGGCGGAAGAGGAAGACGAUGA